GACAAUAUGAAUGAAAAUCAAAUACGAUGCGUUACUUUUUCGUCGGUUUUAUGACAAUUACAAUAAAAAUAUGAUUUUAAAAGCUUUUCUUCUAAGUUUUCUGUAUUUCUGAGAAAAGCUAACCGAAAUUCCUUUGAUAUUGAUUUGAUUUCACGUGCUUUAAUCGUUACUUAGUGUGGGCUGUAGUGCAUUGAACAUAUCUUUGUUUUUUUUUGUUUAUUUGAUUAUACACGAUUAUUGCUAAUUAAAAUGAAGUUAACAGUAGAUGGUCUUCUGGUUUAUUUCCCAUAUGAUUACAUUUAUCCAGAGCAGUAUGCCUAUAUGUUAGAACUAAAACGUGCACUUGAUGCUAAGGGCCAUGGAUUAUUAGAAAUGCCAUCAGGAACAGGAAAAACAAUUUCGCUUUUAUCUCUGAUUGUCGCUUAUAUGAUACAAAACCCACACAAUGUCAGAAAGUUAAUAUACUGUUCUCGUACAGUGCCAGAAAUAGAGAAAGUAUUGGAGGAAUUGAAGAAUCUAUUUAAGUACUAUGAAAAGAGUCAAGGUGAAAUGCCAAACCUCACUGGACUUGUACUUAGUUCCAGGAAAAACUUAUGCAUUCAUCCUGAAGUGUCACGAGAAAGAGAAGGCAAAUUAGUUGAUGGCAAAUGUCAUUCUCUCACAGCCAGUUACAUCAGGGAGAAACAUGAACGAGAUAGCUCAGUUCCUAUUUGUCAAUUUUAUGAGGGCUUUAGUCGUGAAGGCAAGGAGUCAAUGUUGCCAUUUGGAGUAUACACAAUGGAUGAUCUGAAACAGUACGGAGCUGAUAGAAAUUGGUGUCCAUAUUUCUUAGCAAGAUUUGCUAUAAUACAUGCAGAAAUAAUAGUAUAUUCUUACCAUUACCUAUUAGAUCCAAAAAUUGCUGAGGUUGUUUCCAAAGAAUUGAACAAAGAAGCUGUUGUAGUAUUUGAUGAAGCUCACAACAUAGACAAUGUAUGCAUAGACUCACUCAGUGUGAAGGUCACACGGAGGACCAUAGAUAAGAGUACACAAGCCCUACAACACUUGGAAAAGUCUGUAGCACAAAUCCGCGAGGCAGACGCGGCGCGACUGACGGAGGAAUACGAGAGGCUCGUGGCCGGACUCAGGGACGCCGCCGCCGCCAGGGACGCCGACGCCCUGCUGGCCAACCCGGUGCUGCCGGACCAGGUGCUGGACGAGGUGGUUCCGGGCAACAUCCGUAACGCGGAGCACUUCCUGUGCUUCUUAAAACGAUUCAUUGAAUAUCUUAAGACGAGACUGAGAAUACAACACGUCGUGCAAGAGUCGCCUGCAGGGUUCUUAAAAGACGUGUCUUCACGCGUAUGCAUCGAACGCAAACCGCUGCGAUUCUGCGCGACCCGCCUCUCGUCACUACUUCGUACUUUGGAGAUCCCCGAUCCAUCAAACCUGUCGUCGUUGACGCUGGUCACUCACCUGGCGACAUUAGUGGCGACAUACACGAAAGGAUUCACCAUCAUCAUCGAGCCGUUUGAUGAUAAGACGCCUACUGUGUCUAAUCCUAUUCUACAUUUCUCUUGUAUGGACUCGUCGAUCGCGAUGCGGCCCGUGUUCGCGCGGUUCCAGUCCGUCAUCAUAACGUCUGGUACAUUGUCCCCGUUGGAUAUGUACCCCAAGAUCCUGGACUUCAAUCCCGUGGUGAUGUCCUCAUUCACCAUGACGCUGGCAAGGCCCUGCAUCCUGCCAAUGAUAGUAUCUAAAGGGAGUGAUCAAGUAGCAAUAUCGUCUAAAUACGAGUCGAGAGAAGAUGUAGCCGUCAUAAGAAACUACGGACAGCUGUUGGUUGAGAUAGCAGCGAGCGUGCCCGACGGUGUGGUUUGCUUCUUCACGUCAUAUAUGUACUUGGAAAGCGUCGUGGGAGCCUGGUAUGAUCAAGGCGUGGUGGCGAGUUUACAGCGGCACAAGCUACUGUUCAUAGAAACGCAAGAUUCUGCAGAAACGAGCUUCGCGCUUCUUAAUUACAUCAAGGCGUGUGAAAGUGGUCGGGGCGGGGUAUUGUUAUCGGUGGCGCGCGGCAAGGUAUCGGAGGGCGUGGACUUCGAGCACCAUCUGGGGCGCGCCGUGCUUAUGUUCGGCAUCCCUUAUGUAUUCACGCAGAGUCGCAUCUUGAAGGCGCGCCUCACUUACCUAAGGGACAACUACCAGAUCCGCGAGAACGACUUCCUGACAUUCGACGCGAUGCGACACGCGGCGCAAUGUGUGGGGAGAGCUUUGAGGGGUAAAACGGACUACGGCAUCAUGAUAUUCGCGGACAAGCGGUUCAGCCGCGCCGACAAGCGGAGCAAACUGCCGCGCUGGAUACAGGAACACCUCAAGGACUCCCUCUGCAACCUCAGCACUGAGGAAGCCGUGCAGAUCUGCAAGCGUUGGUUGCGUCAGAUGGCGCAGCCCUUCACGCGCGAAGACCAGCUCGGAGUGUCUCUGCUCACGCUGCAGCAACUACAGUCUACUGAGCAACAGGACAAGAUACAUCAGCAAGUCAUACAGAAGUGAUCUGAACCAUCCCACUUCUGCUCAGCAGGUCAAAUAGAAGUGACCGAACAACACUAAGUAUACCACAUCUACCCCCCGAAGAAGCGCCGCCGUCAAUAUAUUUCUCUAGCUGCAAGAAUUACAAUCCAAAAUCAAAAAUCAUUUAUUCAGUCUAGGCUGUAACAAGCACUUGUGAAGGUCAAGAUGCUACGCCAUCGGUUUGCAAAACUACGGCGGGAGACCUUGCACUGAGAAGAACCGGCAAGAAACUCAGCAAGGGCUGUUUUUUUCUCCCUGUAUUGUUAUAUACAGAGUCGUCAAAUUGAAAAAUGUCUUCAGAGAUACUUCUGAAGUCAGCUUCCAUUGAGCAACAGGGAAAAGAUCUUCCAGCAGGUCAUACAAAAUUAAUUCCACGUUAAACCACAUCUAUCCCUCGCAGAAGCUUCGUCGGGGUUACUUUGAUCUUGCAGUUUAUAAUCCUGUAGAUCAACGAAUAUGGGAUAUUAAUCAGCACCAUAGAGAAAUCUAGAGGUUAGAGUUGGAUCCAGGACGGGAAUGUGAAGGUGGUCGUAGGUAGAUGCAUAUAUCUAUGUCGUAUCAAAGAACCGAAAAAACUAAUCUAAUAUAACAAAGAAAGUAACACUUCGCUCGUGUUAGCUGCCUAUAAAACACGCAUACUGAUUUUCAUAUAGAAAAUUAUGUAGGGACUGCUUUACGAAGUACAGCGAAUGUUGAUGUAACUGUACAUCGCGAUUGUUUACACGAUUGUGUAUAACAACUACUUUUUUGUAUAAAAAGCUUUAUAAUGACGAACAUAUAUUAACAAUAAACGUUUUGUUUUGGAUAAAUAAAAACCCUUUUUU